AUGGAAGCAGUCAAGAAGGAAUAUGACCGGCUCCUCCGGAAAAUCUCAGGCGGACAAGGCAUCAAUAAUGUGCAGGCUACAAUCGAUAUCCUACAGUCUGCUCGCGAUGCCAUUGCUGCUGAUCCAUCCUCAGCCGCAAUCACCUUGGCCAAGCUUCAAACUCCGGUCAAAUCUUCGUUCGACUCCAUUAAUGACAGUUUGAAAGACACUCACAGUGGUCUCAACAAAUACAACAAAGCUCUAAACCAGCUGUUUAAAGAUCGGCCACUACCGAGUACAGAUGAUAACAGCCUAUCCACGCAAGAGAGCCUCAUCAACCGGGCCAUCGCCAUGCACCUUCUCCGCGAAGGCCAGUUCGGCGUCGCAGCCACCUUUCUUUCCGAAAUCGCCGAAAAGAAGUCCCAGAAUCCGGUCUCCCAGAACGACAGCAGCUCGACCGACAGAUCUGUGGACCCUGCGGAUCUGCUCGAAAUCGACGAAAUCCCUUCGGCCCAGAUCCGAAAACAAUUUGCCUCCAUGUACUACAUUCUUCAAGAGAUACAAGAUAAGAGGAAUUUAUUACCAGCAAUUGAUUGGUCGAGGGGCCACCGGUGGGAAUUGGAAGCUCGAGGAAGCAACUUGGAAUUUGAGCUCUGUCGCCUACAGUAUGUCUGGCUAUACCACGCAUCCGGCUGGACCGCUGCACUCGAGUAUGCACGACGGGAGUUCCAAGUCUUUGUUCCACGAUAUCUGCGGGAGGUUCAGCAGCUGGUGGGUGCGAUGGCGUACACCCCGAACCUUGCUAAUUCGCCAUAUGCUGCCCUCUUCAACAACACCUCGGCCUGGGAUGACAUUGCCCACUUUUUCAUGCGUGAGUUCUGUUCUUUGCUUGGUCUUUCGGCGGAUUCACCGCUUUACAUUGCUGCUACGGCGGGGGCGAUCGCUCUACCCACGCUGUUGAAGCUGCAAGAUAUCAUGAAAUCGAAGCGGACCGAGUGGACCACCGAAAAUGAGCUUCCGGUCGAAAUUCCUCUUCCUCCUCAAUAUCUCUUCCAUUCCAUCUUUGUCUGCCCAGUGUCGAAGGAGCAGGCGACCGAUGAUAACCCCCAUGAUGAUGCCAUGUGGACAUGUCAUUGCGCAGGAAUCAUUGAAGCGCCUGGCUAA